GAAUGAUGUCAGUUUUGAGUUUUGAAGUUUCAAUCAGAGUAUUUCAAAGCCUCUAGAACAAAAUUCAAAAUAUUAAAACAUUUUUAGCGACGUAAUGCCCACCCUGAAGCUGCGUAUUGGGCUGCCGUCGAAGCGAACGCUAGGUAGCCUCUGUAUUUGCGGGGCACUGGCUUCUAUAUCGGGCCUGGCCUACAUGCGCUGGCGCCUGGAAGACCAGGUCCGCCAGACGGACUACUACCAGAUGGCCAUUCAGCAACUGCGCCAGCAUAGCGGGGCAGUGGGUCUUUUGGGGGAGCCCAUCAAGGAGUCGGGAUUCAGUGUGUCCAACGAGAAGAACCGCUGCGACGGGGAGAGGGCCCAGCUGCAGGUGUCGGUGCAGGGGUCCAAGGACAAGGGCACCGUCUACUUUUGGGCCACCAAUUCCCCCAAAAAGGGUUGGUUAAUCGAGCGCCUGGAACUCGAGACCCAGCAGCAUCCCAACACCCGAUUCCUCCUCAAGAAACCCAAAACCUAUUCCCUGCUUAGCAGUGAGGGCGACCCAGAAGAGGCAGCGGGACAGGCAUCGGAAGAGCCUGUCGAGGACGAGCCCAACGAAGUGGAUGCGGAACGCCCGCCGCCCAGCAUCCAGAGCAAUCCUCCCCAGCCGCUGCACCAGCAUCAGGGUCAGGAGCCUGCCCCCUACAUCCAGACAGCUGAGGGCGGGAGCAUGCAGUAGUUACCCUGGAUCCCUGGCAGUCAAGGAUACCAAAAAAAAGUUCGACUCUUAAUUGUGAUAAGUUCGACUCUUAAUGGCGAAAUCAUAAACUAAAUCACAUGUUGUUUAUUAAAAGACUCGUCUAACAAGGUA